AUGCAGGUCUCCAGCCUCAACGAGGUGAAGAUUUACAGUCUCAGUUGUGGCAAGUCCCUUCCCGAGUGGCUUUCUGACAGGAAGAAGAGAGCACUACAGAAGAAGGAUGUUGAUGUUCGUAGGAGAAUUGAACUUAUUCAAGAUUUUGAAAUGCCUACUGUGUGUACUACUAUUAAGGUGUCAAAAGAUGGACAGUAUAUUUUAGCAACUGGGACAUAUAAACCUCGAGUUCGAUGUUACGACACCUAUCAAUUAUCCUUGAAGUUUGAAAGAUGUUUAGACUCAGAAGUUGUCACCUUUGAAAUUUUAUCUGAUGACUAUUCCAAGAUUGUCUUCUUACAUGAUGAUAGGUAUAUUGAGUUUCACUCACAACAAGGUUUUUACUACAAAACCAGAAUACCAAAGUUUGGGAGAGAUUUCUCUUACCAUUAUCCAUCCUGUGACCUGUACUUCGUUGGUGCAAGCUCUGAAGUUUAUAGAUUAAAUCUAGAGCAAGGACGAUACCUAAAUCCUCUACAGACUGAAGCUGCGGAGAAUAAUGUUUGUGACAUAAAUUCUGUUCAUGGCUUGUUUGCUACUGGAACAGUGGAGGGUCGAGUGGAGUGCUGGGACCCAAGAACUCGAAACAGAGUUGGCCUCUUAGACUGUGCAUUAAGUAGUGUCACAGCAGAUUCAGAGAUAAACAGUUUACCAACAAUCUCAGCUUUGAAAUUCAAUGGCGCCUUGACCAUGGCAGUUGGAACAUCCACAGGGCAGGUUUUAUUAUAUGAUCUUCGAUCUGAUAAGCCAUUGCUAGUUAAGGAUCACCAGUAUGGUCUGCCCAUUAAGUCAGUUCAUUUCCAGGAGUCGUUAGAUUUAAUUUUGUCUGCAGACUCUCGAAUUAUCAAAAUGUGGAAUAAGCACUCAGGAAAAAUAUUUACUUCCUUGGAGCCAGAACAUGACAUUAAUGAUGUCUGCCUCUAUCCCAACUCAGGAAUGCUUCUUACUGCCAAUGAAACCCCGAAGAUGGGCAUUUAUUACAUUCCGUUUCAGCUUUAUAACUCAGACUUAGCAGAAAGCUCAGAUUUAAAAAAACAAAACAAAACUGUACAGAGACCACUCCCAGGUGACUGUGCAUGUGGGAACAGGCUCACACAUCUCAUUGGAUCACCUUUUCUCCGGGCAUAUAUGCAUGGAUUUUUCAUGGAUAUAAGACUGUAUCACAAGGUGAAACUGAUGGUAAAUCCCUUUGCAUAUGAAGAAUAUAGGAAAGACAAAAUUCGACAGAAGAUAGAAGAAACACGUGCACAGAGAGUUCAACUAAAGAAAUUGCCAAAAGUUAACAAAGAAUUGGCACUUAAGUUGAUUGAGGAAGAGGAGGAGAAGCAGAAAUCUGUGUGGAAAAAGAAAGUUAAGAGCCUUCCUAAUAUUCUCACUGAUGAUCGAUUUAAAGUUAUGUUUGAGAACCCUGAUUUCCAAGUAGAUGAAGAGAGUGAAGAAUUUAGGCUUUUGAAUCCACUUGUUUCGAAAAUUAGUGAAAAAAGGAAAAAGAAACUAAGACUUUUAGAACAACAAGAACUUCAUGAACAAGAAGAGGAGGAAGAACCGGAAGGAAAACCAAGUGAUGCAGAAAGUUCUGAGAGUUCAGAUGAUGAAAAGGACUGGGUUGAAGAGGUCAGGAAACAGCACAGACUUCUCCACCGGGAGGAAAAAAUGAAGCAGCAGGAACGAAUCAAGGAGGACCAGCAGACAGUACUAAAGCCCCAGUUUUAUGAGAUCAAAGCAGGAGAAGAAUUCAGAAGCUUCAAAGAUUCUGCCACAAAACAGAAGCUGAUGAAUAAAACCCUUGAAGAUCGUUUAAAACUUGAAACAAAAAAUGGGACACUGAAAGUAUCAGAUACCACUGUUGGCAGCAAACAACUGACAUUCACAUUAAAGAGGUCUGAACAGCAAAAGAAGCAACAGGAGGCUGAGAAACUGCAUCGACAAGAGAGGAAAAACCUUCGCCGUUCAGCCAGUCACCUGAAGUCAAGACACAAACGAAGAUGGCCAUUUCAUUGA